UAACAUCAAUUAUCCCCAUUUCAGGUUGUUGUAUUCAUGAGCAUAAGAAAGAAGCGAAUUAGGAAGAAGAGAAGGAAAAGAAACAAGCUGUAGAACUAUUAUAGUCUAGUAGUGAAAGUACUUUGAACUCCAAUCACGUGUUUCAGUUCUCUCAGGUAUAUCAUCAGGUGAACUCUUAGAAGUGAGUUCAGUAUCAUCUUCACAACCCUUCGAUUUCGCGAUUCAGCUUCCUCGUCUUAACUGAUGCAGUGUUUGUAAAAGUCAUAGUGUACGCGUCUAUUUAAUAGAUAGUUUAUAAAAUAUAAUAUCUGAUUAAAUAAGCACAUUAUUUUUUUCAAUUUUCAAAGAACUGUUUCCUGUAUUCGUGGAAAAGUCUUUAAAGAUCAGAUUAAAUACCCGGUGAAUGCAUUUUUAAGAUUAUACCGAUCCGUUUUAUAUAUGUUGAUCUACUUCCCACGCAUAAAAAUACGAUUCUUCAAGUCUAAUCAAGGAAUAAGGGAAAGUACCAAAAGUAUUUUAGUUUCCUGACUUUCUUCUGGAUCACUUUCUUUUGUAGCUAAAACAGUUACUUCUGUCUGUUCUCCAAUAAUAGUCUUCUUUGAAUGAAUGGGUGAGCAAGAUUAAUUUUCAUAUUUUAUAUUUUUAUCUUUCUUCAUAAUUAGAACAAGGCUAUGAAACUACAUAAAGCACAGAUGUACUCAUAGUAAGUACCAGAUAGAAAGAUGUUGAUUGCUGGAUAGAAUAACACAAGACUCGAAGCAGACGAGCGAGUUUUGUUACAUGUUUCACACGCGUUAUAACGGAAAUUGAAUAUACUCAAAAGAUAAUUCUGAUUAUGUGAAAAAUCAACCAAAAAAUUUCCAUUAGAAUGAAGACAAUAAUUGAAAAAGAAAAUUGGUUUCGUUUAAUACUUAUCAUCGUAUUUUUAAUGAUAUGCGUUAUCGCAGAAAAGCGAAAACGACAAAUAUUUAGAGAACAAGUUUUACCAGCAUUAGGAGGUAAAAUUCCAGAAGAAGCUUUUAAAACUGAUCGUUUAGCGUUAAAUCGAUUAAACAAAGAAGGCAUUACAGUACCUGAUGGGAUAGUCCUAGAUGCUCGAAAUGUACAUAAACACACUCAACAUGUUCAAAACAUGCCAGAAGUAAUACAGGUGUACCUAACGCCAGAUGGACGAUAUAUUCCACCCGAAGGCAGAUUUCAUUACAAUCGUGCAAAAGCAAUUGACACAACUUAUGUCAUUCGCGCACCGUAUUCGCGAUACAAUGGUCAUAAGCACAAGAACAAUUACUUUAACAAGCAUCAAGAUUUCUCGAAAUCACAAACCUACACGAAUUUCAGACAAUUUAUACCAAUAGUACCACCGUCGAAACCUGGAAUUUACAAACCUAUCGUAACAUCUUUAGUAUUUCCUGAUAAUGUCAAUUUAUUACAAGAAACUUUUGUACCAACCUGGAACAUCCGCUACGAUUGGGAUUCAAUUUAUGAGCCAUUCGAUGAUUACAUUGUCGACAAUAUAGCACUUUUCAAUUCUCAUCAGAUCAUAGCUGAUUAUCAGGGAUUUUUGAAUAAGUUUCACGAACGAUCUUCGAGACACGUCGAAUCUUAUCCUGUAAACAGGGGCCAAAAUUUUUCUCCUUAUAUACGAAAACAGGAAUUACAGAAAGACAUUGAAAUAAAUCCAAAAGCAAUAUCGUAUCAAAAUGUAAAAUUGAACGCUGACGAUAUAAUUUCUCGCUACACGAAUCUCACCAGGAUACCAGAAACUGGUUUCAUGUGCAAUGGUAGAAGAGGCAUGUUUGCUGAUGUUGAAACUAACUGUCAAGUUUUCCACGAUUGCUCUGGUUGGUCGAAAACUUCAUCACUUUGUCCUUCGGGCACAGCAUUUAGCAACGUAAAGAAACGUUGUGAAUGGUGGAAUACAGUACAAUGUAAAUAAUUCUACUGGAAUUUUAAAUAAUAAAUUUUAAAUAAUAAUAAAUAUAAAUAAUUUAAAAUUGCUAAUAAUAAUAUCUUAAAUCUAUAUUAUAAAUCACUGUUUUACUAGUAUGACAGUUCUUUUGAGAUAAUCUUCAAUAGCAUUUCAAUAAUAAUGACAGGGAUGAGUCACAUAAUAUGUAAAUGUUUCGGUUGCCAUUAAUGCUAAAAAAAAAAAAAAUGAAACUAAAGUAUUUGUUAUCGUAACGCACACAUGCUGAUGUCGACAGUGUUAUUACAGAUAGAGAACAUGUGUCUUCGUUAAAAUAUGAAAUUGACUUUUAAAAAAAGUUACUAACAUUUAUAAAAAAAAUUAACUACGUAUAGAAGAAUAGUGAUUAUGUAAUUUUAGUUUGAUGCAAUGGCACGAUCGAGAUCUCACGCUAUUUUUGAAGAGAAAUCCAGCAAGAAGACUAAUGUUUUGCUGGUUCAGUAAAGCUGGAGAAUCGGAUUAUCCGAAGUGUAUCCAAUAGCAUUCAUUGUUAUAUCCCCUGACAUCCUUUCAGGCGGAAUUCUUGAAAAUAUUUAAACAAAAUUGACCGAUGGAGACGAGACAGUCUUCCACAAUUUUUCAUUGGUCCAGGAUUGUAGAGUCUACAAUGAGAUAUAGUCUGACAAUGAGAGUAACAUUGCGUUCAAGUCGAACGAACUUGAUAAUCAACACGUAGUAAGCAGCCUUCUAAAGGAAUAACACUUAAUCAUUUCUGAAAACUUAUUCUAUUAAUAUUUAUGAAUUCAAGAGUCGCAAAUGAUGACAGCUACAGGGUUGUCACAGAAGAAAUAUUGAAGAACUGCUAUACAAAAAUUAUCACAGAAGAUCUUCCUGAUGUCGCCGCAAUACAUUUCCCUAUAUUUUGUUUUAUCGUAGAAAAAAGAUGACUAACUAAUGAAUUUUGCCCUCUAUAAACAAAAAGUUGAAGAAAAAGUAUUACUGGCUUAGCAAUAUUAAAAUUGACACCGAGCUAAUAUUCUGAGCUAAGAAUGGUUCAUCACUCUGUGGCAGUAUAUUUUGCUAAUACAUGCACUGUAUCAUAUAAAAUUACGUUCUUCGUCUGAUUUUAAUGCAUCUUAAUAAAUCAACGAACCGCGCGUGAAUAUCUUUUUUCCCUAUCUCCAACAGCAAUCAAGAUAUAUUUAAAUGCUUGUUUUAUGUGACUCACAUAAUCACUGUAUAUUGCCAUUCAUAUUUUUGCAAUGUCGUAAUCUAUAUCGAGAUGAGUUCAAUUACAUCAUCUAGAAAUAAUAAUAAAAA